AUGUCGCAUAGGAAUCCCGCAAAUCAAAUUUACUUUCGCGUCAAACGCCAUAAAACCACUAUAUUUCUACAAGCUAAGAUAACUGAUAAGAUACUGACUUUAAAGAAAAAUAUUAUAAAAGUAUUAGGAGAUUCUGAAAAAAGAGACCCAAAAAAAUUACAAUUACUGAUAUCUACUGAUGAUUCAGAGUCACAACUUUCUUAUUCUAUUUUGGAUAAAGACGAAGAUACCGUUAAUCAGUUAGGACUAAAGGAUGAACAGAUUUUAUUUUUAUGUUUUUGGGAUGAUAACUUAGUUCCAUUUAUUAUUAUGCCUUCAGCAAUGGGUUCUAAACCAGUUAUUAUCGGUCUAAGGAUAGGUCAAAGUUAUUCUAGCAUUGCGAUUAUCAAUAAGGACGAAAGAGCAGAUUGUAUUGCUAAUGAGGAUGGAGAACGUCAGAUACCUACAAUGGUAGCGUUUUCUGGGGAUGAAGAACUUACAGGAACUCAAGCUAAAGUACAAUUAUUAAGUAAUUCAAAAAACACUAUUACCCAAUUUCGCAAUUUUAUUGGGAAGAGUUAUGAGGAAUGUAAAUCUAUAGCAAGUACGGGUACGGCGAAACUAGUUGAUAAAGAUGGACAGGCAGCAUAUCAAGUAGAAUUUAAAGAAGAAGAAACAAUAGUAACAGCACAAGAAGCAUGCACAAAGUUUAUCGCGAGUUUAAGAGAAAGUGCGGAAAAUUUUUUAGGUCAAUCAGUUAUGGGAGCCGUACUUGCAAUUCCAACUUAUUUUGAUGAAGAACAAAAAAAUUCAUUAAGGAUUGCAACUGAAAAGGCUGGGUUAAGAGUAAUGCAAUUAAUUAAUGAACCAAGUGCGGCAGCAUUAGCGUAUGAAAUAGGAAAUGUUGUAAUCAGUGGACAAAAUCCAAUUACUACGAAUAAAUAUAAUGAUAGAAUUGAUGUGAUUGUGGACUUGGGGUCCGAUAGUUUAGAUGUUUCAGUAAUGUCGGUUAGAUCAGGAAUGUAUACGAUAUUGGGAACAACCCAUGAUCCUGAUCUUGGUGGUGCUGCUUUCGAUGAGUUAUUGGCAAAGCAUUUUGCUAAUGAAUUUAAAAGAAAAACCAAAAUUGAUGUUAUGGAUAAUAAAAGGUCAUUAGUUAAACUGAGAAAUGCUGUCGAAAUAACAAAGAAGACCUUAUCUUCUAGUUCAACAUCUACGUGUUCUGUCGAGUCUUUAGCUGAAGGUAUUGACUUUCAUGGAACUAUAAAUAGGACAAGAUUUGAAAUCAUGGCAAAUAAAUUAUUUUCCAGAACCUUGGAAAUUAUUUCUGAAGCAUUAAAAAAUAAUGAUUUAGAACCUCAAUCGAUUGAUGAGGUAAUUCUUGUUGGAGGCGCUUCACGUAUUCCAAAACUUCAAUCGAAAAUACGUGAUAUGUUUGCAAACUCCUCUACAUUAAUUCGUCAAGAUUUUGAACCUGAUGAAGUUGUAGCAUAUGGUUGUGCGUUCCAAGGUUCAUUAAUUUCAACCUUUGCAGAUCAAUUAAUUAAUGAUAGUUUUGACACUUCAAUCACCUUAGUACCACAUUUAUUAAAAUCAAUUGGGAUUUUAAAUGCUAAAAAAGAAUUUAUAACAUUAAUACCAGAAAAUACUCCUUUACCUGUUCGUCGUAAUUUUACCUUUUCAAAUUAUUUAGAGAAUCAAAAAGAAAUAUAUAUUGCUAUUUGGGAAGAUAAAUUAUUGGCUGAAAUGGUUUUAAAAGAUUUGCCAGAAAAAAAAGUUAAUGAAUUAAAAGUUCAUAUUACUAUUGAGGUCGAUAUGAAUAGUAAAUGUUUUAUCACGGCAACAGAAUUCAUUUCUGAUAAAAAAUUAGAAAUUGAAAUUGAUGGAAACACAAAAUAA